UAAUUAAUGUGAGGACUUUUUCCCACCUUAAUAGGAAUUAACAUUGUCGAUAUUAUAUAGUUGUGUUUUGCCAGUACAUUAUAUUUCCUUAUUUUUAAAAAAUGAGAUUCAUCGUUUUUCGUCCCGUCAUAUCGAAUGAGAUCUAGAGGUACCUGAAGUGGCCGCGGGGCACCUCCUCACGUAUGUUCUCGCGAGACUUUUUGAUGACAGUCGUGAAGAAAGCAAGCUUGCUGGAUAUGAGUUUUUGUUUUUUGCAGCUUUUAUCGCCGAAAACGAACGUCGCCUCGCUUGGACAUAUUCUAUUCGAUUUUAAAAUUAUUUAUAUUUUCUAUGAAGAAGUGACGGCAAAUACUGUAUUUUGUUUUCGACAUUUCUGUAACAUGUUUCAGGGCUACUGCAGGAAAGUCAACUGCAUGGAUUUAAUAUCAUUGCUGGAUAAUUGUUGCGGCUAACACAUUCCCAUUUGUGCGACUAAUCCAGGCUUUUUGCUGAGGAAUAUCCUCGGGAAAGUUGUUGGGAUGGCGGUCCGCGAAACCGGGCGGUGAGUCCCUCCUCCGAGGGCUGGCAAGCUGCUCCGGAGGAAUAAAAACGAUUGUUUCGGAUGGAGCACUGUCACGCUGUGGGAUUCAACGCCAUGAACGUGAUCCACACCUAACCGCGGGCACUUUGAGGUGGGAUCGAGCCACAAAGAUCGGACCGCCAGCACCACCCGCGUGAGUCCACGGACAUGGAUAAACUGACCGUCAUAUCAGGAUGUCUGUUCCUCGCUGCAGAAAUCUUCGCCAUCGCCAGCAUCGCGAAUCCGGACUGGAUCAGCACUGGAGAGUCAGCUGGCUCGCUGACUGUCGGUCUGGUACGACAAUGCCAGACCAUUCACGGCCGAGAUCGGACCUGCAUCCCCCCGCACAUGCCUCCCGAGUGGCUCACCACCCUUUUCUUCAUCAUCGUGGGCGUCCUCUCGCUAACCGUCACUUGUUGCCUGCUGAUCAUGUCCCACUGGCGCCGUGAGGUCAUCCGAUACGCCCGCUGGAUCGCCUUCACAGGGCUGGUCCUCUUCUGUAUGGCCGCCCUCAUCUUCCCCAUCGGCUUCUACGUCAACGAGGUUGGAGGACAGCCGUACAAGCUGCCCAACAACACCGGGGUGGGUUCCUCUUAUGUGCUCUUCGUCCUGUCCAUUUUUUUCACCAUCGUCGGCCUGCUCUUCGCCGGGAAAGUUUGCUUACCCGGCUGACAUACUCUACACGUGGGAACUAUUGGCCAUUUGGAAGCUGAAGAUACAAACUGUUUUUUUUUCUGGUCCUCUCGGAUCCCAUCCAUCUGUUGGUUCAGAGAGAGUGAGGGCUUUCCCGAAGAAGCGCACGCGCGGUGGGAGGUUUGGGGGGUUUCAAAAGAUGGAUUGAAACAAGGGCGUCUUAUUGACCAUCUUCAGAAGGAAAGAGAGAACCCCCUCUCACACGGUUUACAACAACUGGUACGUUGUGUGAGCAGCACAAUACAAUCUAACAUUUUCA